CUCUUGCAGAAACGGCACUACAGGCAGCGCGCCCACGCCAACCCCUUCUCCGACCACGCUUUAAGUUAUCCGCCCUCUCCUGACCAGUUCGACUGGGACGCACACUAUCCUGCCUUCGCCGGCUCUGGAAAAACACCCGAGUUCGCAGAUGUCGGCUGCGGCUUCGGAGGGCUACUUAUCGCCCUCGCUCCUCUCUUCCCCAAUACGCUCAUGCUCGGUCAGUCCUCUUUUGCCCUUUCCAUACCCUAUCACGCGUCUCGCAUGGAGAUCCGCGUUCAAGUCUCCCAGUAUGUCCACGACAGGAUUGUCGCACUACGUUCUACCUCCGCACCCCCUCAACCUUCGGCCGACGACACACCAGGCCCAUACCAAAACGUCUCCAUCGUCCGCGCAAACUCCAUGAAGUUCAUGCCCAAUUACUUUCCGAAGCACUCCCUCUCCGCCCUCUUCUUCCUCUUCCCCGACCCCCACUUUAAAGCAAGGAAACAUAAAGCGAGGAUUAUCUCGCCCACCUUGUUGGCUGAGUAUGCAUAUAUCCUGAAGCCGGGCGGCAUCGUGUAUACCAUCACGGACGUUAGGGACCUGCAUGACUGGAUGCGCACGCAUCUGGAGCAGUUCCCUCUUUUCGAGCCAGUCACCGAGCAGGAGUUGAGGGACGAGGGCAAGGGCCCCAUCGUAGAUGCAGUGUACAAUAGCACAGAAGAGGGCAAGAAGGUGGAGAGGAACCAGGGAGAGAAGUGGCUAGCAUGUUUCAGGAGAAUCGAAGCCAAGCGGGAUUGA